CACAGUGGUGACAUCGUUCAGCUAUCUAAAGCCUCCGGACAGGGAUCUGUCCCUGAUGUCCCACAUGAAGUCCAUAAAGUCUCUGAGGAAGGCGGGCCUCACUGCGGUCUUCACGGGACAAACGAAGCUUGACGGAGAGGAGCUGUUGGAGGAGACGCCAAUUGUCGACGUGAUCCUGGCCGACAUCGACUCCCUGGUGCCGACUCACGACGAAGCCGGCCGCCCCAUUGCGGAGUGGAAGCGGCAGGUGAUGGUGCGGCAGCUGCGGGUCAGGCUGCAGGACGAGGAGGACCAGAGGAGACAGGACUUGAGCGAUGACUACGCACCAGCGGAUGGUUGGAAGUACUCCCAAGCCCACAAUGCGGUCCUGGGUCCCUUUGGGGAGCUCCUAACAGAGGACGACCUGGCGUACCUGCAGCAGCAGAUCGAGACCGUCUCCCUGCAGAAACGCUGCCAGGCCUACGAGCUGGAGCUGACCAGGCUGACGGAGGAGCUGCGGGCCAUCUUACCCGAUCCCAUCGUCAACAUCUCCAUCAACAAGGAAGUCCUGCACAAGAUGGACGCUGAGGGGGAGAUGCACCUGACCUUGCCUGGGUGGUGCAGUCGUGUCUCAGAGAUCGUUAAGAGCAUGUCACUGCUGGUCGCUAAUCUGACUCAAACCACAGGGGACGGGGGAGAGCGGAGGAUAGUGGAAGGGAUGAUGGACGAGAUGAAGGGUUUGCAGGGGAUAAGGGCUCCGGACCACGAGGCCACGCACACACGGGGGGAGAUCUCAUGCCGGAUUCCUCAUAUAGGGAUGGCGUCCGCUUUUAGCCAUCGUCUGGAGACCAACAGCUACAGCAGAGCACGGAGGGAGAGGGCGGAGAAGGAGAUCCAACAGUCAGGGGUGUCAGUGAGAAACCUGAGAUCCAACUUUGAAGGUCAGAUUGGUGGGAUUUAUCCCUUCGCCGGGGUUCUGAAAGGAGGUCCAGUCCAGGUGGCGUUUGGAGCGUCCGGAGUGAAUAACCAGGGUGACAACGCGGUCCUGAGUUUCAAGGCGAACAACUGCGAUCCUCCCAAAAAACCCGUGAUGGAGACAACGAGCUUGAGGAAAGAGCGUAUCGUGGUGCUGUUCCUGAGCCACUGGAAGAAAUCGGCGUAUGCCAUUUCGGUGAGAGCGGCGAGGAACCGGCAAGAAGCAGCGCCGGGGAGAGCGACGGGAGUCGUGCAGCGACAGAAAGCCACCUCCAUGUUUCAGUUCUGCAAACAACGCGGGGCUGUGGACAAGAUGCUGAGCUCCUGGAGGAACAGACUACGUCUCAAAAGUGCACGGAAGUCCCCCAGCUCCGCACAAAAGCCCCGACCUCAAGUGACCUUCUCCCCAGAGCAAUUCCUUCCCGAGGUGGAUGGCGCCGCGGUGACCCACGACACCUUGACCCUUGACCUCUUCAUGUUAGGAUACUUUAACAUCCUAGAGCAAGAGCUGUCGCCCGAGGAGAGGAAGAUGAGGCACCUGCUGUGCUUUGAGGUUUUUGAUCACGUCGGCAGUUUCUCCUGGGAGGUGGUGCGGGACUUCCACAAGGCCGUCCUCCAGGAAAUCCGUGCCGGCAGGCGGAAAUGGAGCGACGGCUUCGAGGACAUCAAAGUGGGCUUCUUCGGGGACUCCAGACCGUGCCGCUGUCCGUCACCAUCGCCGUCAUCCUCGCCGAUGUUGUCAGACUCCAGACUCUUACCCAGAGUAGUUCUAGAUCCAACUGCGCCUCCAGACGACCGUGGCAGCGACACUGACAUUUGUAAAUACAUUGACCGCAGCUUCGCUUUCUGGAAAGAGAAGGAGGCAGAGCUGUUUGAUUUUGAAAAUUAGCAUUUAAGGUUGAACUUGACAUUUUUUGUUGCCGUUUAUUUUUGUGGGCGUCGAGUAAAAUUCAGUUGGAUCUUUUAGUGAUAAAUAUUUCUUAGUUGUUUACAUCGCAGUUACUGACUUUUUCUUUCCAUCCAUUUUUCCAUUUCCAUCCUUUCUUGUUUUGCCUUCCUCCCGUAUGGUCCCUAAAUUGCUGAAUGUCUAAUAUUAAAAAGCCUGAAUGCCCCUUAA